AUGACCCCACGAGAUCACAUGAGAAAAAUGUCUAUCCUGGGGGAACAAGGAACACUAGAAGAAAAGCAUUUGUACCGCUUAGCAAGUGGCAUGACAGCAGGAGAACUGCGGCAGCGGCAAGAGAUGCUAAUGAGGAAUCAGUUGAUGGCAGUGAACCCGCAGCUGAUGAGUGCAAGCCAGCAGAGAAUGCAGGCCAUUCCCUCCCAGUUUGAGCCUCGACUGGUGGACAGGGAUCUGUUACCCUCAGCUGAAAUGAUGGCAUCAGCUGACCCAAGACAAAUCCACAUCACAUCCCACCUGGGGCCCACGGUCCCACCACACGCAAACAUGCCAAACAUCCUUUCCAACCGUGUGUACCCAGGCGCAGGAUAUAGUUUUCUGCAACCAGAAUCCAUGGAAGCUGUGGCCAGAAGACAAGAACUGGUUCAAAAGCAAAAUAUUGCCAGAAUGGAAAUGGAGAUGAGUGCUAUUUUUCAGCAAAAAGAAAUGGAGAAAGCUCAUCGGAAAGGGCUGCUGGGCCUCGAGGCACCUUUCCUUUAUCAUGGGAUGCCAGCCAGCCCCCUUACUUUCCGUGGCAGGCACAGGCUCCCUGAAGGCCACCUUCCCAGUGACUUGUACGUGCAUCGGACCACCCUUGAUGAAAUUCAUGGCAACACCAUGCUCAUGGCAACCAGCCCAUACCCUCCAGUCAGCACUCUGCAAAGAGAGAGGGGACGGCGACCAGGGAGAAGAGCUGGAAAUCACAAACCCACAGACUGUAGUGCUAAUGGCACAAAGAACCCAGCUGAUGACAAAACCACAGACCCUGCAGCAGCUGCAGCAGAUGAUGAGAAAGAAGACAAGAAAGAAACAGAGGUGGAGUCAACAAACAAACAUGAACAAAGCAAAAACCAGACUGAACCAUCUGCAGUUGCCAAAAACUGUAAAGAGUUUGAACAAGGCUUGAGAAAAAACUGUGCUACUCAUGAAAUCUCUACUGAAACCAACAGCUGCAGCAACACAAAUGAGAAGGAAUCUAAUAGCUCCUGUGCUGCUUUUGAUGACAAGUACAUGUACCCUCCUGCAAUCCCAUUCUCAGCAUUACCAUAUGGAUUUCCAGUACCCAACAACCCAUUGCUACCUGCAGGAGCACAUGGCCUGAUCCUGAAUGGAGAAGACAUUUCUUCUGUUGAAGACAUUCGCAAGUGGACAGUUGAUGACGUUUACAACUUCAUUGUCAGCCUCCCAGGCUGCUCAGAUUAUGCCCAGAUAUUUAAAGACCAUGCCAUUGAUGGAGAAACCCUCCCACUGCUAACAGAAGAACAUCUCUUGGAUACAAUGGGAUUAAAACUUGGACCGGCACUAAAAAUCCGCUCUCAGGUGUCCCGACGUCUGGGCAACGUGUUCUACAUGAUGAAUCUUCCUCUGUCUAUGCCCCUGCCACCUGCUGCAGGCAAACCCUCGGAUCAGCCCUCUGACAUAGCCUCCCCUCUUCACUGCAACAGCAGUGGUGAUACGCUGGGCAGUCCCUGCUCCCAGGACCCAGAAACCUCCAAAGCAGUGGAACAGAUCGUUUCUGAAGGCAGGGAAAAUCCAUGUGAUGCAGCUGGAUCUCAGGCUGACUUCCAGAUGAUGACUUUCCAGAAAAGCUGA